AUGGCCAAGUACUUGAAAACUGUGGUGGCUCCCCAGAUUCCCCAAGAGCUACGUGAUGCAUUUGUUUUUGCAAUUAACAAAGAAAACAUAAGAACGAUGCCUAAUAGAAGCAUGCCUGCUGCUCCUCAUCCCACUCCAGGUGCUCUUUUGUUAGGGGAUGCAUUUAACAUGAGACAUCCUUUAACAGGAGGAGGAAUGACUGUUGCCCUAUCUGAUAUAGUCGUAUUAAGGAAUCUUCUAAGGCCUUUGCAUGAUCUGAGCGAUGCAUUUUCCCUUUGCAAGUAUCUUGAAUCCUUCUACACACUACGCAAACCUGUGGCAUCUACUAUAAAUACUCUGGCUGGAGCCUUAUACAAAGUAUUCAGUGCAUCAACUGAUCCUGCAAGGAAUGAAAUGCGUCAAGCAUGUUUUGACUAUUUGAGCCUUGGAGGUGUAUUUUCAAAUGGACCUAUCGCUUUACUCUCUGGACUAAAUCCUCGUCCCUUGAAUUUGGUUCUCCAUUUUUUUGCUCUGGCUAUCUUUGGUGUUGGCUGCUUAAUAGUUCCAUUUCCAUCAAUUCCACGCUUUUUGAUUGGGGCUAGAAUGAUCUCGGUUGCAUCAAGAAUCAUUUUUCCCAUCAUAAAGGCAGAAGGAGUUCGACAAAUGUUCUUCCCUAUAACCCUAACACAUUGA